CAUCCCCACAUCAUCAAAAUCACACUCUCUCUCACUCUCACUCACUCUGCACUCUCCCCUUCGAACGAUCAAAGCCUCCACCCCCAUUCUUUUCCUUUCACUCUCAAACUCUGCGAAGGACAGAGAAAGAGAGAAAAAACAUGGCAAUUUCAUUCCCAAUUUCGAAUACUACCCCUCUCACAUUCUUUUAUUUACUCCUCCUAUCCUCUUCCUCCUCCACCAUUUCCACCACUGCUCUCAACAUAACCACCAUCCUUUCCUCCUUCCAAAACCUAACCUCCUUUUCCUCCCUCCUCUCCUCCACUUCUGUUGCGUUUGACCUCACGCGCUGCGACUCCAUUACUUUACUGGCCGUCCCAAACUCUUGCCUCUCGCUUUCACCAUCCUCCGACAUCACGCGCCGUCUUCCACCGUCCUCACUUGGCGACAUUCUCCGCUACCACAUCCUCCUACAAUACUUCUCAUGGACCGACCUCCUCCAGAUCCCACCCUCCGGCGUCCUCGUAACUACGCUCCUCCAAACAACAGGCCGGGCCCAUUCCAACUUCGGUGCCGUAAACAUCACCCGUAACCCUUUAACCAACACAAUCACAAUUCAAUCACCCGCCCCGUACUCCCCCUCAAACGCUACCGUCUUAUCCUUAGUCAAAACCCUCCCAUACAACAUCACAAUCCUAGCCGUUAAUUCACUCCUUGUUCCCUACGACUUCAAUCUGAUGGCUUCCGAGACCCGCCCUCCCCUCGGCCUCAACAUUACCAAAGCCCUAAUCGACGGCCACAAUUUUAAUGUCGCGGCCUCAAUGUUAUCCGCUUCCGGCGUCGUUGAAGAAUUCGAAGCCGACGAAGGUGGUGCCGGGAUCACUCUCUUUGUCCCCACAGACGAUGCUUUCUCCGAUCUGCCGGGAAACGUGAAAUUGCAGUCGCUUCCAGCUGAUAAAAAAUCGGUGGUUUUAAAAUUCCAUGUGCUUCAUUCUUAUUACCCUUUGGGUUCACUGGAGUCGAUCGUGAACCCAGUUCAGCCCACGUUAGCGACGGAAGAUAACGGGGCCGGUAGUUUCACUCUCAACAUUUCGAGAGUCAACGGAUCCGUCGCGAUCGAUACAGGAAUCCUUCAAGCAUCGGUUACCCAAACGGUUUUCGACCAAAAUCCAGUUGCCAUUUUCGGGGUCUCGAAGGUUUUGUUGCCUAGAGAGAUUUUUGGGAAAGAUCCGGCGGGGGUAACUUCGAAGCCGGGGAAUGCAGUGGUGGGGACAACGGUUCAGCCUCCGGAAAUAUCUCCGUCACCGGAGAAUUCACCUGGGUUAAGUGGUCCUGCUUCACAUCUAUCGUCGCCGCCGGGAUUUCGUGCUGAGAUAAAAUCGGACGGUGAGAAUUAUCGAGUACAGAGCUGCAUUGUUGCUCUGUGUUGUAUAGGAUUGUAUCUAGUUCUAUGAGCUUGAAGCUUAAUUGUUUUCUAUCUCUAAAUUACUGAUUUUUUUUGGGUUCUUUUUUAUUAUUUUUGGUUUUUUAACACGGUGAAUUGAAUUAUUGGCUACAAAAGCAGCCAUUUUUUUUCCUUUCUGGAAUUUUAGAGAGAGAGAUAUUAAAAUUUUUAA